CCAUGUCCAAUCCCUCAACAGUCAAGCCAUCAAAGGAGAGAAAAAACACAGUUAGUUAUCAAUAGAAAUCAUAUACAAUAAUCAAUGGCAGCAGCACUCCUAAUUUUUCUAGUGACUAUUGUUCUCUCUUCAAAUUUUUAUUCUUCAAAUGCACUAGAUGUAGAUUACUACCAAAAAACAUGCCCGUUGGCCGAGUUCACCAUCACAGAAACCGUUAAGCAAGCCAUGACAACUGAGAAAACAGUUGCAGCCGCCCUACUUAGGAUGCACUUCCACGACUGCUUUAUUAGAGGUUGUGACGCUUCCGUGCUGCUGAAUAGCAAGGGAAACAACCAAGCAGAGAAGGAUGGACCUCCAAAUAUUUCUUUACAUGCAUUUUACGUGAUCGAUGAUGCCAAGAAGGCAAUCGAGAAAAUGUGCCCCGGUGUUGUCUCGUGUGCUGACAUUUUGGCUCUUGCUGCAAGAGAUGCCGUGACACUUUCCGGAGGUCCCACAUGGGAUGUACCAAAAGGGAGGACAGACGGAAGGAUUUCAAACGCAUCAGACACUCGCCAAUUGCCUGCACCGACUUUCAACAUAUCUCAGUCGCAACAGAGCUUCUCACAAAGAGGCCUUUCUAUGGAUGACUUAGUGGCACUCUCAGGCGGGCACACACUCGGUUUCUCCCAUUGUUCGUCCUUCAAAAACAGAAUCUACAACUUCAGCGACACAGCUGACGUGGACCCAUCCUUGGACCCGUCAUUUGCGGCCCAGCUAAGGCAGGAGUGUCCCUUUCGGACCACGAACAAGAAUGCUGGGGCUGACUUGGACUCGUCUCCGUUUCUGUUCGACAACACCUACUACAAAAUGAUACUCAAAGGGAAGAGCAUUUUUUCCUCUGAUCAGGCCCUGCUUACUAAUUCAAGGACUAGGGCAUUGGUCAUGAAAUUCGCAUCCUCUCAAGGUAAGUUUUAUGAGGCGUUUGCAAAGUCGAUGGUCAAGAUGAGUAGCAUUAGUACUGGGAGUGGGAGUGAGAUUAGGCGGGAUUGUAAGGUUGUUAAUUAACUAAUUAAUUUUGGUGAUUGGGUGUUUUGGAAGGUUGGUUUGUGUUUUUUUCUUUUUGUGUUCGCUUUGUUUAGUUAAUCUUUUUCAUUUUCCCUAUGCCUAAUGGGGGGUGAGGAGCUUUUGUAUGGGGAAAAAUGUGAAAUGAAGUUGGAAGUUUGAGUUGAAUUUUCAGUAUGAUUCUUGAACGUUGUCAAA